AUGAUGUACUCGAUUUAUUUCAAGAUGGUAAGCCUUUCAUGUAUGCCGAGGACCUUAAAGUUGUAUAUCGAUAUAAGCCAACAGAUCAUGACAUCGUGCUUGAGCUCCUUAAGAGCGAUCUACAGGCUUUCGCCCAGUGGUGCCGCACAUGGCGCCUUCCUCUCUCUCUCUUGGCAUAAGUGCUCAGUCAUGGUGGUUGGCGACGACCGCCAACCUCAACUAAGUAUUGAAGGUCACGCCAUAAAUGUGCCUGGGAUCUGAGUGUAUCAUAAUCCGGGAGCCUCAAUCUUUCGGAGCACUGUGCCUUGAUAGUCUCCAAAGCACGUAGAACGACCGGGUUUAUCCUCCGAAAUUUUAAAACUAGGGACAUUAGAAUGCGCCUUUUCAACAUGUACGUUAGACCUGGUCUGGAAUACUGUUCGUUUUCAUUUAGCCUCAUGCGUGCUACUGAGCGGAAGAAAAUAAAAUCCGUUCAACACUUUUUUACCAAGAGAAUUGUAACCCCGGAUCACCGACAUUUGCCUUACCAAGAACGUUGCCGUCUUACAAGCCUUGAUCCUUUAUGGUUCCGUAGAUUACAAAAGGGACUAGUUUUGCUAUUUAAACUCUUAUAUAAACACACAUUUAACCCACUCACCUAUUUAAGACAUCCUAUUUAAGACAUCAUAAAUAUUUCCUCUCUCUUAUAGACAGUACAGAGGGGACAUGAUCAUGGCCUUCAGGAUCGUCCGAGGGCUAGACUGUGCUCUUCAGUUUGACGACUUCUUCGAACUGGCGCGGACGACAAAUCUCCGAGGGCACGCAUACAAAUUGAAGAUGAAACAUGCCAGACUCGAUUUGCGGGCCAAAUUCUUCUCUCACCGGCUUGUUGAGGGAUGGAACAAAUUGCCGAACUCCGUUGUCUUAGCAGAAAACGUCGAGACCUUCAAAAGAAGACUAGAUAAACUUAUGCUUGAUGGUCAAACAUUUACAUGAUAUCAAUGGCUGGUAUAACUGCUAUGUAAAUAUCUGCAUGUUUUUUUUAUACGUCUAUCUGUAAAUAGGGUUUUCCAAGGCUCUGCCUCUAUCCCUCAUAUAUACUGAAUUAUACUGAAUUAUAUCCACCCACGACGUAAUAGUCACCGUGAGGUCUUUUUAUUUCCGCCUCUGGCAUGUACUGUUAAAUAUCGUCGGUUCUAUUCUGUAAAUGCAAUUGCUAUUUGGGAUAAACUACCCAUGAGUGUGAAAACUCUGCAAAAUUAUCCUUUAUUUAAGAGAACUAUUACUCGAUUUUUGCAUUCAGAAAAGCUCCCACAAAUUUUGGGUGCUGAAUUUGCUGAUCGACUCUACCGUAGCGAUGGCGUUUGUGGUCUCUGAACAGUAUGGCCGGUCUCACCAGCUGUUCCCCAACGCCUCUACUAUGACUGUCCCCAACUUCAUGAAAGGAAUUGACGUCCGAUAAUGUCCGAUAUCGUGCAACUUCCCCCCCCCUUCUUGACGGCCGAAAAUCUACCACCAGCAGUUUUUUCUUCUGAACCCUCUAAACCGUAAAAACCACCAUCAACUAUAUUUUUAUUCCUUUACCUCAGGAGUUUUUUUCAAUGCUGGUCGGAUUUAUGUUUAACGCUUCCCUUGACAAUCCCAGUAAAUUGGCAUUAAAUUGAAUUAUCUAAUUCUGCGCAAUCUGCCAUGAAAUGAUAAGAUUUGGAAAAUCUCAUCCUCAAUAUUAAUAAUUUUGUUACGGUGGACAAAAUGAGAAAUAAGCGGAUGCAAAUUUUCGUACAGUUUUGCCGUGCGAACAUUUACAUACGAAUUAAGGAAGGAAUCAAUCCAAUCGUAGGAAUUUAGGUUUGUAAAUCAUUCGGUCGAGCGUGAUGAUCGGAAAUCGCGGACAAAGCUAUACUUUGGGGAAAACUUUUUGUCAGCCUCGAGUUUCAACGUUGAAACAACUAUGUCAUGGUCUGAGCCCCCGAGUGGGCCUAGGGAUGACACUGACGAAGGCAUGCAGCCUUUACAGAAAAUUAGGUCAAGUAUGCUUGGUCCUCGAUUGAGAAUAUCGACGACUUGAGUCAACAUCCCAACAUCCAGAGCCUCAAGAAUGUGAUCGAACAAUCUGGGGUCUGAAGGCCGGUGAUCAGCGGACUUCGUGGAGAUUAAAGUCACCCGCAACCAAUUGAUACUCAAAGAUUAAGUCGGUCGCAGCAUGAAGUAUCUGUGAGAACAAACGACCAUAAUUCACAUUGGCGUUGGGAGGGCGAUAGAGACAACCAACGAGUAAGGAAAACUUAUUUUUUAGUGAAACUUGGAGCCAGCAGACGCCUUCUACUGCGGAAAGAUGCGGGAGGUCCAGCGGCAGAAUCGUAAGUGUUUGCUUAACGUGGACGCACCUGCCCCCACCACGGCUGUAUUGUACGAUCAUUUCGAAUGCAAGUAUAGCCUAGAAGAGUGAGUUCGGAGUCAGUUACGGAAGCUGAUGCCCAUGUCUCAGUUACAAUAUCUCAAUAUCUUAGAGGAAAUAAGCUUUUUAUUAGUUGGGAUAAAACGCCAAUGCAACGCACAGCUUCCUCUUCAUUAGCAAGCGCAAAGCCAUCACAGAAUUCUACACAUCUGCAAUUUGCUUCUAAAGCGCUUUCUUCACCUGGCGUCAACGAACAUUUCGCCAUAUCUGCAGCGGUCCCAGUUCCAUCUAGCUCUUCAUCUGAGUACAUUAUCACUGAUAUAGUUCAAUCGUCCCACUUUGAACCAUCUCCAGGCAUCGAUAAUUGCUCAAGUGUUGCUACCAAUUUUUCGGAUCGCUUGACCUUAGCAGUAAAGAUGGACUAACACUAGAGUCGCAGUCGACCUCCAUGGCUCACAAUUAUGACUUAGUUAAUAAAACUGUAUCGUUUUCAUCCUGUUCCCGUGCCAGACCACUGACGUCUGAGUGAUAGUCCGGGGAGAUCUCUACCUAUUCCUGUCCGGAUUCUUAAUUAAAAGAAGGCACCACAGUUUGGAAGCCCACUUAAACAUCAGCCUGUAAUAUGCUAGUACACAAUGUUGCAAACAAUUUUUCCAACCACACAGCCAGCCAGACACCCAAAUAAUAAUAUGUACUCAUAAUUCAAAUAGUUUCUCAGGACCAUUGAUUUCGUUUUUUAACAUAACUUACCCCUCAUAUUAUGCUCAGCAUUAUCAAAAUCCUCUUUUUAUGCCUCCCAUUUUUCGCACCCAUCAAAAAAGCAUUCCUGUACCUGGGUCCUGGUCAAAUGUUUUUCCAUACAAUGCUGCAUCUCUAGUUCGUGGUAAUUCCCCACAAAUUUUAGACCACAGCAACAUUGUCUUCCACCAAUUGUUUCAUCCCAACAUCUUAAUUUUCCAACGCCGGCCCUCCCUUUUUCAUGAGUAGUAAGAAGCGAAACCUACAUCUCAGGUAUACGCUCUGUAUAUUUUCUCUUAACGCGAAAUCAGUCUUGCAAAAGAUGGCACAACUAAGAACUGUUGCAUUUGAGUUCGACCCAGAUUAUUUUUGCAUUACAGGAACCUGGGCUCACUCACUAAUUUCCAACUCAGCGCUCGCCAUAGAUAGUCUCAGUUAGCACCGAGAAGAUCGUGCUCAAAAACGUGGCGGUGGUUGUCUUCUCUGCAUCAGAGCCUCACUUGCACAUUCGCAUGAUGACCAGAGCAUUUCUUCUUUUCCUUAGAAUCUCUGUUUCAUUUCGGUAAUCCUCCCGCAAAAUAGGAAAGCCUUAAUUGGAUGGGUAUAUAAUCCACCAUGCUACUCCGGAAAUGAAAACCAACUCUGUGGACUCUUUGAAAAAAAUUGCGGAGACUUCGUCUGAUGCCAAAUUAAUCCUUGGAGAUUUUGAUUUGCCAGAAAUUUACUGGCAUAAACCAACUCCCUCUCCUAGAUUGCACAAGAUUCCGGAUACUAUUCCCUUUUCAAACUGGUAUCAACUAGUUCACUCUUCGAAAGAAAACGAAAGUAUAUUAGAUUUGAUCUUUACUAAUGGCAUCCUCUCUUCAUCCACGGAUUCCCAUCGUGACCUUUUUGCAAGUGAUCAUUCAUUGCUUAAUUUCUGACCUCCAGUUUCCACUUUUGCAAAGCCAGCAGCAAAACGCAACCUUUUUGACUACGCUAAUGCUAACAAGGAAUUAGAAAAUAACUUUUCAAACACUCUCGACUGGAACAGUAUUGUUUCAAAUAGUGAAAUAAAUUUUUGCUUUGAUAUAGUGCAUUGCGCAACAGAAGCUUACCUCGAUCUCAUUCCGGUAAGGAUGUUCAGAUCGAAUGCCACUUCUUCCAAUGUCCUACAUUUUCUUAAAAACAGACUCAGAAAGCUACGGAAGCUGCUCAAACGUCAAUCCGUAUCUCGUUAUUGGUUCAUUUAAGAAUCGUCGAAUUAUACUAAUUAGCUUCGAAAAUGAGACUCGUGUGAAAUAGGCGUAGAGGGUCCUUAGCUAUUAGUGAUGCAAAUCCUGCUAUACCUGUUGCUCAGGUCUUCCUUCAAAGAUCAUCAGCUAAGUCGCACCAAGUCAUUCCGCCUUUGCUUAGUACAAACGAUAAUUUCAUUUCAGAUGAAUCAGGGAAAGCAGAAAUUUUAAAUUCAUUCUUCGCUAAACAUUUAACGAUUGAAACUGACCCAAUACAUUCAAUUUCUCCUUUCUCAGCAUGACUAAUUUUUCUCCUGAAAAUAUUCAAAAACUGAUAAAACAUCUUACAAACUCUCCCUCAGAAGGUACGGACACUAUUCCGAACUCCCUUAAAAAACAGCUAAGAGAUUUUCCUCCUCUACUUAGCAAACUCUUUUCAGUCUUCCUCGUAAAUGGCUUAUUUCCUAACUAUUAAAAAACUUCUAUUAUUAUUCAAGUAUUUAAGUCUGGCUGUCGUUCUGACGUUCAGAACUAUCGAGGUGUCCAUAAAACACCCUCUCUCGCCAAAAACUUUGAAAAGAUUAUCGCCUUAAAAAUUACUGACUUCUGCAUAGCCAAUCAAGUUAUUAGCCCUUCCCAGCAUGGUUUUUUACCAGAUCGCUCCUGUGAAACAUGUCAUCUGUCGUUUCUCAAUCUACUUACUUCUCUUCGUUAAGACCAACUAUCUGUUGUCGUUAUUUAUUUUGAUCUUAGUAAAGCCUUUGAUGAAGUACCAUAUAAAAGACUCUUGGUUAAAUUAGAAGCUAUGGGAAUUCGCAGUCCACUAAUAGACUUUCUCAGGUCAUACCUGUCUAAUCGCAAACAAAAUGCAUUAGUGGGAUCUUCACUUUCCAGUAAAAACCCUAUUGCAAGUGGCGUACUACGAGGCACCGUUUUAGGUCCUCUUUUGUUCCUGCUUUACAUAAAUGAUAUCUCGGCUGCAGUUAAAUAUUCACAGUCAUUUAUUUAUGCCGAUGGCCUCAUAUGUGUAUAUUCUUUCAACAAAUCUACGGGCCUUCAUUGCCUGGAGUAAAUCCAAGCUGACUUGCUUACUCGCUCAGCUUGGAGCUCAAAAUGGAUAAUGGAAUUCUCUCCGUCUAAAUGUCGCUAUAUGUGUUUUGGACCUGACAGACUACCCCAACCAGUGGUCUUUCAAGGCACACCUAUGACUGAAUGUACUGCCAUCAAGAAUUUAGGUUUAAGCUACAGAACUAAUUUUGAUCACUCGCUGAUCACAUGCUGACAGAAUGACGACCAAAUCUGAACAGAUUCGUGGCUUUAUUUCUUUCAAUCACUAUCUUCCUGAAAUUAAAAUAAGACUUUAUCAUAUGAUUUUACAUCCCAUUCUCGAGAAUGGUUGCCCAUUUGUUGGCUUGAUGGACGAGGCUAGUCGUUAAAAAGUAGAAAACAUCAAGGACGAUUUACUAGAAAAGUUUUAGGCAUGAAACAUUUAAAUAUCUCCUACUCAGAUAGAUGCCAGAUUACCAAUCUUAAAUUUUUAAUGGGUUCCCAUUAAUAACAGUUUCGAUCUUCCUCCGAUUUCAGCAUUCACCCCUAGUAGUCGCCCAUACAAUCUUUGCAAUUCUGACUUGGUUGUACCUAUUCCAGAUUCAUUCAACUACCAGCGCCCUCAUAUCUUCACUUCUAGGUAUAAUAUCCAUUGGAAUGGCCUUUCAAGCGAUAUAAGAUAAUCAAAUAUUCUAGAUACUCUUAAGAGAGGGCUGCGCAUCUAUCUAAAUAUUGACUCGAUCUGACUUUUAUUUUCCUCAUCCCUCCCCGGAAACUAUCAAUACGAUUUCCAGGAAGGGCCACCGGGAAUUUAGGACGCCGCCACCAAAUGACCGCAUCUGCUCACACUUCAUUCUCUGUGUGUUGGCUUCGCCUUUUAAGAUCUAUCACCAGAAACUUCGAUUAUUUCGAUUGUUCAGUCCAUGCAUCUUGUUUUUCACGCGACAUGAUGCCCUCCCUGAUGUAUCGUAUCAAAGAAGUAGCUUAACUAGGUUGUCAUGCUCGCUCUAAGUCGCCUCCGUUUCGCCAACCGCCGACCCUCGUCAGGAAUCCACUACGGCCCCUGCGAGUUCGAACCUUAAUCCAAGGACGACGAUUUUCGCGGUUCUUGAUGUUGACUCCUCAUAUCGACCCCACGUGGUCUGUUGACGAUCCCUGUGGAAUCCAUCUGCGCCAACAGUCCCUUUUGCACAUUUAAGCAACCCUGUCUUUUCUGUUGGGCGUUACGACAGAACCAGGAUUGAAGUAAUCCACUUAACAAUUCAUAUGACUAUGGAUUUUUUUCAGUAUAAUUCAGAAUAUGUGAGGAGUAUAGGCAGAGCCUUGGAAAAUGCUAUUUGCCGAUAGAUGUAUGAAAAAAACAUGCAGAUAUUUACGUAGCAGUUAUGCCAGUCAUUUAUAUUGUGUAAAUGUUUAAAUAUCGACCACACAAUUUAUCUAGUCCCCUUUUGAAGGUCUCAACGUUUUCCGCUAAGACAACGGAGUUCCGCAAUUUGUUCCCUCCUUCAACCAGCCGGUGGGAGAAGAAGUUGGCCCGCAAUUCGAGUUUGGCAUAUUUCGUCUUCAGCUUGUAUUGGUACCCUCGAAGAUUUGUCGUCCGCGCCAGUUCGAAGAAAUCGUCAAACUGAAGAGCACAAUCUAGCCCUCGGACGAUCGUGAAGGCCAUGAUCAUUUCCCCUCUGUAUUGUCUAUGAGGGAGAGGAAAUAUUUUUAGCUUUUUCAGGCGUCUUUCAUGAGGCAAGCUAUUUAAUCCGCCGACUAGCUUUGUCGCUGUUCGUUGUACGUUCUCCAGUAGGUGUAAUCUUUUCUCGUCCAAGGACACCAUGCCUGCACACAAUAUUACAACAUAGGUCGAAGAAAUGCUCCAAAUACUCGGCCAAAAAUUCUUCAGUAUGGUAUUACCGACAAAGACAAGGGUGACUGGUAAUAACCUGCUGCCUACAUCAUGUGCCGCUGUGCUGUUGCUGGUUGAGCUCGAGAGAGAGCCCGUAAUGCAGUAUGGAACGAGUGGGUUCCGUAAGAACGAUCGGUGAUCACACCCUACCAUUCAAAAAAUUCUUCGUCUAAUUUAAGGAAGGAUCUUCUAAUCGCGCCUUGGAUACCUAUAGCCUUCCUUGAUAGCUUGGCGCAGUGAGACAAUGAUGUGAGACUUGACGUCAUCCACACAACGAGGCCUCUAAACUGGUUGACUGAUUCGAGCUGGUGACCUCCUAUGAAGUAGUGAUAUUCAAAUAUUAAUGGCCUCCUGUUGCUGUCAGCACCAUCCGCGGUCAACCGUACCCUGCCCUGUGGAGAGACAAGGCUAUAAGUAGGCUAGGCGUGGCUCUCUGGCGUGGCUACGUGGUGGCAGUCGACAGGAUAGCUACCUCUACCACAUCACUCGAAAAAAAAAUGCGCGAGAUGUUCCCUAUUUCCCGUUCGUUUCCCGCCCCCCAUAGACUCGCUUUUUAAGCUGUGAGUGCAUUUAUUUUAAACUAUUGACUAUUGUAUUACCUUUAAAUAGGCUACCGGAUUUCCAACGCUUGGGCGCUAGCAAACCAGCCUUAAGUGGCUUAUAUAAGUACACAAUCGGGAAAUCAACGCAACGACAACUGAAAUGCACGAAAUAAGAAAACUGACAGGCAAUUAUAAGAAAAGAUUGUCAACUGAGUAUGUUCAAGCGGAAAAAUCUGUAAGAAAAAUACAGUUAACGCUGACACAUACUUUGAGUCUGUCAAAUUCUGCGCGGCGUGAUUGAACUAUUCACCGCCUCAGUGUUCUUCGGGCUCGCUUAUCUGGCUACCGUGGCUGUCUUUCGUGAGCGUUCCCACCGAAAACUUUGAGCUUUGUAAUUUAUUGUGCAUACAUCUGCGACGUCUCUGUCUGUUUCGCUCGGCCUUUUUAUCGAGGCUCCGUGACGCAAUGAAUUUUAUUAUCCACGGGAUACCCGCAAACCCCAGGAGUUUGCUAGUGCGCCUAAACAAGCGCAUACAUCCUUUCGAAUAUCCAGGCCAUUACGAUUUCAGCCUCAUGCGUCCAGCUUCUUCCUAGCUCAUUUCAUACAAUCUUUGGGAUUUGGGUGUCCCGAAAGCUAACGAUAACCCUUAGUAACCUCACCAUCGGAGAACGUCUCUAGGCGCCCUGAUGGCAAUCUAACUCGAACCGAACUCGGCUCGAUUCAUCCAUCUUAAGUCCCUGUUGCAAUUUCGAUAAACACUCUCGAAACCAGAAUUCACUUACCAUGGCUUGGUCGAGCUCCCCUUGUUAAUUUACGGAGAUAGCAGUUUUAUUUGCUUUGCAAUCCACUUGACUUCUGAUUAACUCACAUUUUUUGUAGUGUUUUGUGCACAUUGCCUAUUUGUCAUCUCCCACUGCCUCGCGUGCUCCGCCACUUUAUCCCUUCGACAAUUUGUUAGAACCUUUCGCCUAGGCUUAUACGUUAAUGCGUGUUCUCUCAGAAAGCAAUGCCAUUGUUGUGAACGGCAACCUUUUUUCACUUGUCGGCGUUUCGCAAACAUUGAUGGCGCCUAACUUACAGUUUGGUCAAUUUUUAUUUCAUUAGUGAUCCGCAAAUUAGAUGUCGUCCAGCUUAUCUUUCGCAAAAAUAAAUUAUUAUUGUCGUCAAAAUGUUCGCGCAUUUCAAGACACAUGGUCGCACGAUGAAUAAGACUGUCCGGUGAAUUGUUUUCGGGUAAUCCAUCUUCUUGGUUUCGACAUCUCUACUUCCUUCGGUUCCUGCUUUAGUUUCCGUAAAUUCAUAGAAAUAUUAAUUCCCCAUUUCCUCUCUUUAUUCCAUUAAAUAUGUAAUUUCAUUAAACUGGUGAUCUUAUGGUUCGACUUAGUGGCCUCCACAACAUGACAUGUUACUUUCGAUCGUAGUCUGGAUUCGAAAGCGAAAGGAAUUCGUUACGACUGACUCUUUGCGAGACUAUUCUCCUUCCCCCUCCUCCUCCUCCCCCUCCUCCUCCUCCUCCUCCUCCUCGUUGUUGUUGUUGUUGUUCUUCUUCUUCUUCUUCUUCUUCUUCUUCUUCUUAUUCUUCUUCCUCUUCUUCUUCUUUUUCUUCUUUUUCUUUUUGUACACUACAAAAAGGCGAUAUACUCACUUGUAAGAGAGUAUACUAUUUUGAGAGUGCGCAACUGCAAUAGUUACGUCGAACGUCUCUUUUGGCCCGAUUUAUGGUGUGGAAUGACGCUUCGCUCGAAUUUAGUGCUAGCACUAUAUCGCCUCAUUCUCCUGCAGCCCCUCUCUGCUGUCGCCACGCGCCUAUAUCAGUCGCUGAGAACAUUGCAUUUAAUGUCCCGCCUGCUUUAUCAAAACGAAUAAAUUUUCACCUUUCCGUUGUUUUACACACGCAGCGCCUGGGGAGGGUUCUGGCCUGGGCUGCACACCAUUUGAAGCGAGUGUGGUUUGGCCUGCACCCUAAGCUGAUCACUGAACGCCCUUGUUAAUGUAAAAACUCCUGGCUCAUGUAUACCACAGGCUAUGGCCCUGCUCGCCGACAGCCUCAGACUCCAGUUUGAGCUCGUGGAUCUUGAGACUCACUUGCUUGAAGACAGCAGGGAGGAUCAAUAUGGUCACUUUGGUUAUAUCUCCCCGACUGUCCCUCGUAGGUCACUUAUUCUUCAUCCUUUGGCGGUUAACGGAGAAAGUUUUAAUCUGUGCUGUCCGGCGCUGGGAACUUCCAUUUUCUAUCACAAUUAUGGAUUUUCGUGAUGGCUAUGCUUUGAUCCACCCUCACAUGAUAAACGAAAGGGCAAAUAUUUUCAUGUUUCACCGAUUCCCCCUACGUGCAGUUUCUGCUCCUUAAUUUUCACGAUCAUCCUAUAACAAGGCGGGUUGUUUUUGUCAGUCGUGUUUGUCCCAGAAGGCAAGAUCUACCCUCGCCUUCCCGAGUCACAACAAUUCAAAUUUUGCUCUUUCCUUUUUAGAUGGCAAUAACAGUGAACUUUGAAGCACUCCUAAUCGGCAUCGGAGUCUUCAUUUUCGUUUGCGUUUUGACAUUCACUCUGUUCUACCCUUUCCGAGCCGGAUUCUCUGAGUUCAGCUUCCUAGACUAUGCUCCUCGGAAGUCUUCUUUGUCGAAACAGUCGAAGAAGGAAUUUCUGAAACGAAAAAGAAAGCCGAAGAAGCGGACCGAACAAGACGAUGAUGGCAUUUCGGAGUCUUCACUCGCAUCUGCCGACACAGCGACAGCAAUUAACGCUCCUAAGCCGGUUCUUGAUGCACCCCCGGCCAAAAGUUCAAAUAAGCCAUCUGAGGGGCAUAAAGUGAAGUCUCAAACUAUCUCCACGAAAUCGCGCGAAACUCCUUCAACAUCUUCAGUCCAGGCCGAAGAACUCUUGUCACCAGACCUUCUGGGCCCGGUGGAGACCAAAGAAACUUCAAAGCCGGAGAUCGCGCAAUGUAGUUGGCCUAUCGAACCGCCUAUGCCCAGUUUCGAAUGCACACUGGAGCCUGUUGACUGUCCUCCGCAACCCCCGGCGACCACACCCCCAGAAGUCCAAAGGCCCGUGAAAGCCAAGAGGAAGUCACACAAACGCGGCGACCACGUAAACGGUCUUGCUCACAACAGGACGCACAACAUGCUUAGUAUUUCAUCCACACACGCGGCAGACAUCUGCUGCAAUUAUAAGAAUGGUGUUGAGAAGUUAUCUACCAACUUGUCCGUCCUUACUGAUAUGCAGACCAAGGUCAAGCAUCUAGAGAAAGCCCUGAAGGUUAGUAUUUAGCAUUUAAAGCAAUCCAAACUCCGUAUUCUACCGCCUUUUUUCUUGUAUCUCAGCCGCAGAGGCUACUAAAUGAUGAGAAAAGUGACCUAUACCGCGGGAAGGCGCGACGACUUCUGACUUCUACCUCACCCAAAGUACUGGGGAGGGCGGAGGGUUUUGACCCACCAUAUCUUCAUGAGCCUAUGUGGCUUGCGUCCAGUGUUAUCCUCAAAUGACUGAAUGGUGUACGAUUUAGCAACAGCAACAUCUCGGUUACUCUGUGACCACACAGUGUAGUACGGUUACUUGCAGCCUUCUAAGCCAGGACUGCGGCGAGGAUGCUGAUUCGAGAACGGUUGCACUGGCUCUAUCCCAAGACCGCGACUUUGGGCGCUACCCACUUCCUUGGUUUCUCUGUUGAUAAAUGCCUCUAAGGGACUUUAAAUGCCCGCCUAUUCUCUCAUAAAAAACGGAGAAACACAUUGACAGAAAGCUUCCUUUUGGUGACAUUUGAGGUUAUUUGCUUUGAGGGCUCGAUUGCCACACAUUAGUCUGCUAUUAUAGAACAAUCUAGGAAGCCUUGAGCUGAGCAGGGUAUGGUCAGUCUGACUAGCCGUCCGAGUAUCGUUUGAACAGCAGGUACUAUUGAUGGCCCGACGUGUCUGAAUUAAAUAAAACGCUAAACAACUCUUUCAGGCCAUGUUCUGUCGAUCUCAGGCGGUGAGCCGCACUGGUCUGUGACACCGCCAGUGCGAGUAGAUCCAAGUAAAAGUGAGUACACCCAAGAGCGAAAAUCAGUUCAAAGUUUCCCUGCCCUGCUGGAUAGUCGUCAGACUUAAUUGACUAGCUUAUGCUACUAAUUUUCGCACUAUCCUAAUACCGUUCUCGAUUGCCAGUUCCUUCGCGCUGGCUCUUCGGUCUGCGUCUUGGAAGUUGUUUCCUGGCGCUUUGGUGUUAAGCCAUCGUGGGUGCUCUUGUCUGUCGUAGCUGAUCUGCGUUCUCGUGUUCUGUUCCCAAAUCGGUGAGUGCUGCAAGCCUCCAUGGCAUAAAUAAUACUCAAGAUCGUAGAGUGGAAGAAGACAGGGGGAUGACUCAAUGCUGCACGAAAUCAGAAAGAAGGCCGGGGAGGGAGAGAAGUAUAAGGACGGAGAAAUACAUAAGAAACUGAAACAAAAGCUGUUUCGAGUCCACUAGAUGCCUUCGCCGGCUGGCCACACAUCAACAAAAAUCUGUCGUUAGAAAGUUGGGUGAAACCAGUGCGUCAACGAUCCCAUAGGACCCAUCGUACACUAGUUUUUUUCCCAGUAGUCGGUAUUUGUCAGAGCAAAUGGGUAUUUAUGGACACCAAAAUUGAUUUUCAUCAGUCUUUUUGAUGUCUGGGCUGUCCAGCGAACAGGCGACAACCCACCAGGUCUCAAGGCGACACAUUGGACCAUAUCAUGGGUGAACAUAAGUAGCCGAAUGUAGAGCUUGAGCGUGCGCGAAUACAGCGAAGUCAGUUUUCCGUCCUUAUUCAAAUCUAUUGUUAUACUGACCAGCGAUUUCACGAUACAUUAGACUGCUUAGUGCAGUACAUACCCGCACACUUGUUUUGAUGUAGGAUGUAGCUUAGCACAGAACCGAAACAUUACCGUACUCCUGCCUGGCAUGCCGUUCUUAUUAAUUCUAGUCAUAGCAGUAGUGACUGCGUGGUACUGACAUUCUGAGAGAGGCCAGCAUAGUAAAGGUGUUCUAGAGGACUACCUCUUGGCGGAGGUGAGAGGGAGGUAGCUAUAAGCCAGUCCAACCGUAGUUCGAAGGGUUUACUGCGUAGGAACAUUAAAUUCGGGCACAUUUUGUGGAGGACGGCGUAAAAGCACGCCCUACCCCAGGGCCUUAUGCUCUCGGCAUGUACUUCUAAUUCUUAAGUUGGAAAGGCCUGCAAAUGCGCGUUUCGUUGUACAAAAUUGGAAUUAACACCUAAUUUUACGUCCGUCCUCGUUCGUACUUUACACGUCAAAACUAACGUGAAUCACUCCAUCACCCUACUUCUUUUGAUCUGUUUGGAAGAGAAACCGGAUUCAGACAUGACUGGCCGUCCUCCCUGACUUUGUUAGGCUGUGCCAUUGACUGCAUUGUCCUCUGAUUCCCAGCGAAGUCAAGGUUCUUACCGGCUAGUACGGAAUUAAUCUACUGCGCCGGGUUGAACCCGUCGGCCACUGUUGCAGUUCACCACUUUCUGCUCUUCAUUCAGAGUAGAAGUUGAGCCUAAGACUUGCGGGUUAGAAGCUCGAAACGUGGCUGCCACGGGUCAGGCUUGCGGACCUUUAUAAAUGUUCUGAUAACCGGACUCAAGCCAUGAGGAUAGGCUGGUUCAGGUCACUUUCGCAUGGCCGCACAGUUCCUAUCAAAGCCGACAGGACGUGGAUGAGCGUGGACUGAGUUGGUUUCAGAUCUCAGUCGUCUGACCUGGGUUUUGUGAGUCGCUGACUGAUGAUCACAAGUAGACAAAAACUGCUGCUCCAAUGUCUCUCUUUUGAACGGCAAGACUUCAAUAUCUGCAGGAUUCUUCCGGGCAGAAUUCUAACGUCCUGAAUACUAAUAAACGGUUGAAUUGAUAUUCCGUUGUCCUCACUUUUCUGACAAAAAGUCGCCAUUCGCUUGGCCGUGCUCUUUCCGGACCACGUGAUCUGUAUUCAGUGUCACACCUGCGUUCAUCAAGUCCGACUGUCUGAAUAGCUCUCUGGCCGAGGCGGUUUACCCAGGGAUUGAUUUACGACUUAAGAACCACCCCCUUGGUUUCGGAUCAAUUACAGCCUCAAGGUCUUCCUUUCCCCCUGCUUUCGCAUUUCCUCGUCCAUCGCGUCCCGUUGUUAUCGCUGUUGUGGCGGUAUUGACGACAUGGACGGGGUUCAUAUCGUAAAGGGAGGGGGGGGGAGCGGGAGGGCUGCACAGCAUCGAUGAUUCUGUUUUCUCAAACCUAUCGUCUUCCUAUCAGAAGGACUAAAUCAAGUCGGCUGAGGGUGAGUUUGGGUGUAGGACUGGGACUGAUAUUUCGUGCGCAUCCUCGUGUACCAUCCACGGGUUGGUUCACACUACCGACCGAACGACACCUCAUCUUCUCAUGGGUUAUGUUUUUAAGAUUCUCAGUCAAGGGUACCUUAAGUGGGAACCAUGACGUCCUAGUUGCGGAUCGUAGGGGUAAAGUUGUUCUCCACCAGCUUGAGCGCGUUCCAGUCUGAUAAUGACCGUGAUCGUUGCAAACGACGGAGUCUACCGUGUUCCUCACGGAGUGCGCGCAGCGCCGAUGACUUGCGCGUGAAUUAGCUUGUAAUGAGUCAGAUCUGACCAUCAUCUGUCAUACUCCUCUCCACCAACUUGGAUUCGGUGGCAAGGUUAUGCCAAGACAGAGCUAAGUAGCCCGUCUACGCGUGCCACACACAUGCCAGGUCUCCACUGCAUGCGCCAGGCUUGUUCAGUCAGAUUAUAACAAUGAAAGAUUGCGUAGGGCCGACACCAAUCCCCCUUCUCUCUUCCAGUAUGACCCAGGGACAAUCCUUCAUCAAGACAACCAGGGAACAUUGAGGGUAAUGGUUGUCCAGACACUUUUUAUUCUCUUUUUGAGGGGGUCACAAGUGCUCAGCCGAAUCAGAUUUAAAGUCGGCAUUAGUCUGACGCAGAUUAUCAGCUUUCUUUUAGGCCUGUAACAACACUGCCGCCAGUUUAGAUGGCCAAAUCCACACAAUUUUUGUACUAUGACCUUAAUACUCUCGAAUUCAUUAGGUCAAACGUCGACUUAUGCACAUUCGUCUUUCUUUUCUGUGUUUGCUACCUGUCACAACUCUCUAAUUGUCUGUCUCGUCGAUUAAGUGGCUAAGUUGUUGUCGACAUUUUUGUCACUUUGCUGCCAAGUUUGGGGAAGUGUUUCCGGACACCACGCCUUCUGCAGGCAGAAAGAGUGUUCCGACUUCAACCACUGCUCACAGGGGAUCUGUUUUAGCUAGCCCCUUUCACUAAAGCAACCGUUCAGCAUAACCAGUCACAUCAAAGCGACCGCCUUUGAAGGCGGACGUUGUGGAGAGGGCCGAGGGACUUUUGUGAUGCAUUUAUUGUAUCCAUUGUCUUACCGCCCCUCCUCCCGCUAGGACCUUGUUAAACUUUGCUCGUAGUUUCUGCGAGUUGCUUUGCUCAACUGUUUUCCAGCUUCACUUUCAUCCCCCCCCCCUCCUCUUCCGCAUCCAGCAAUCAAGAGCAGAGCUCAAACAGUCUCGCCAGGAGACCGCUACCGCAAAGUCGGAUUUUGCAAAGCAACGUUUGGCCAAUGAGGAAAUGAGUCACACCAGCCAAAUCCUCAAGGCAGAAAUCUCCGAGCUGAGGGAGAUGAACUCUGACCUGGCCAAGGAGAAACAGGCUUUGGACACAAAAGUCAAGGUAAAUACCUACUGGUAG